CCAAGCUUUGCGGUAAUCUGCCCUCAUCAACGUAUUCUUCACUUUAUUCCAUGUCCGUUCUCUCGCACGUGCGCUUCAGGUUCCGGGGAUUUGAUGCUUAUUGAGUCAAUGAAUUUAUACUACCACCUGGCAUGUUUUGUCUGUUCACGUUGUGGUGUGGCGCUCAGCGACGGCUUGUCAAAUACGGACGUACGCAUUCGGUGCGGACAACUAUAUUGUAAUAAUUGUUAUCCAUCUCGUCAUUCGAAAGCCAUACAACAGACUGGUUCUUCUACUCGGAACCGCAAUGUGGCUCUUCGCCCCGGUCUCUCGGUAAAUUAUGCCGAUCGACGCUCCCGCCCUCGUGCUCAGUACACUCAACCACGUGGCAGUUCGACUGUUUCAGGUACGCCAUAA